AUGAAUUCAUCUUCGUCCAAUUCAUCUUCAGAAAUAGAGAGCGUGGUGGAUAUUGUCCACUUUGCGGUGUGUGUCUUGAUCACGCUGGUCAGUUUUCUUGGGAACACUUUUGUCAUCUUGGCAAUUGUCAAGAACCCUAACCUUCGCACGGUGUCCAAUUACUUCGUGAGUUCCCUUGCAGUUACAGACAUCUUAGUCUCCAUCCUCAUCUUGCCUCUAGGUCUCCAGUUCCUCUUCCUCAGACGAUGGUACAUCGGAAGGGUGGUGUGCACGCUUUGGGUUAGUCUGGAUGUUCUUCUGAUCACGGCAUCCAUUCUGAGUCUUUGCGCCAUCUCCAUCGACCGUUACCGAGCCAUCAACCAACCUGUCAAAUACUCCGUGAGACGCACCCCGACUUUAGCAGGCAAAAUUAUAGGAGCAAUUUGGUCGCUGUCGUUUCUUGUCAGCGUGCCAUCCGUAUUCGUAAUCGACUACUCGGACGAGGAACUGCAGUGUGGUCUGAAGAGGAAUGCCGCAUUUGCCGUUUGCUCGUCUUUUGUUUCUUUCUACGGGCCACUCUUCGUCGUGCUCUUUGUCUACGUGAAGAUCUACCGAGCAGCCAAGAAACGUGCCAAAAUGGUCGGUAACAACGCGGCCUCCAUGGCCGAGUACUCGGUUGAGAUGAAGCCUCAGCUCCAGCGGCAGACGACUCUCCAAAGACUCCGAUCAACGCUUUCCCGCGCAAAUAUGUUCCAGGCAGGAUCGCAGAAUUCAGAAGGGACUUCGUCCUCUGGUAACGCGAACAGGAUUUCGACGACGCGUGAGCGGAAAGCGGCUAGAACGAUUGCGAUCAUCGUCGGCGUCUUCAUAGCAUGUUGGUUACCUUUCUUUGUCAUGCAUGUCACGUUGUCUGUUUGUGACGCGUGUAACGUUUCAGAACAAGCUUACAUCAUCAUAUCGUGGAUUGGCUACUGGAACAGUGCACUGAACCCGAUAAUUUAUACACUGUUCAACAAAGAUUUCCGGCGAGCUUUCAGUAAAAUUUUAAGGUGCAAAACUUUCUCAUAACAAAUUCAUAAACUUCAAAAUAUUAACAUUUGAUCCUUGCUACCACCUCCGGCUUUCGGUUUCAUGCGAUGGCCCAUUUUCCUGAAGAUAUCUUACCAUAAAAAAACAAUAAAUGGAU